UUUUUUUUUUUAAAGUCAAAUUUGCUAAAAAUAAAAAUGCUCUUCCAGUGAAUGUGGAUAGAAAAGUUAUUCCACUCAAUCUUGUCAUACAUGGCUUCUAGCCAACUCGGCGCUAUGCACGUCAUCGGCUGUCGGCUCAUGUAUGACUCGAUUUCGUGGAAUAACUCUUAAAUUUAAAGCUAAUUCAAACCUAGGAGCACUUUAUCUUAGCCAGUGGCACGUGCACCAUGUUGUUGGGAGGUGAGAGGAAACUGGAGGAAACCCACACAGAUGUGCAGAGAACGUGCACAGAAACUUGAGUCACCCAAGCUCCAUCUGUGGACCCUGGAGCUGUGAGAGGACCCCAGUGGCAGUGCGCCACCAUGCUGACCCGCGUACAGUUAAUAAAACUAAUUUAAUUUCCGUGACCUCUAGGUAUGCUAGCUGCGAUCAUAUUAGCCUAAUAGGAUUACUACAAAAAGCAAAUUUUCCUACAGCAUGAAACAUUUUCUCACAAAACUGUGCCAGUGUAGUUGAAAAGGUUGCUCAUGUUAACAAAUAAGUGAGCAGUAUGAUCACAGCCUUGUCCAACUAUGAAGUGUUGGUAUAAAUAUGCAGAUUGGAGAAGACGGUGCCCUUUCUUGUCACGCCUUUGGAAAUUAGUGUUGAGCAAAAUAACGUUUCCUCUCUGAGAAGGAUGAAUUAAUAUUUAGGUUUGUUGUUGAACAUGUUUUUUGAUCAUAGUUUUUCAUCGGCACAGUUGGUACUGAUCAGAACACCUAGAAACAUCUGGAGCUUCUUCCCUGUUCAUGAUGUCCGGGUGGGCUACAGGAUAUACGUGGAGAUGUGACCCUUGUGAUUACUCCAACAGCCCUCAGGGACUUAGGAUGGUUAGAGUGGCCUGGUUGUUCCUCUUCUCAAAGUUUGUCGAACUCUUAGAUACGGUGUUUUUCGUGCUACGUAAAAAACAAAGUCAGAUUACAUUCCUGCACAUCUUCCACCAUUCUUUCAUGCCCUGGACCUGGUGGUGGGGUGUCAGCUAUGCUCCCGGUGGAAUGGGCUCUUUUCAUGCCAUGGUCAACUCCGUCGUUCAUGUGAUCAUGUACUUCUACUAUGGCCUCUCGGCUGCGGGACCUCGCUUCCAGAAGUACCUGUGGUGGAAGAAAUACAUGACUGCCAUCCAGCUGGUGCAGUUUGUGCUGGUGUCCCUUCAUGCUACACAGUAUUACUUCAUGUCCAGCUGUGAUUACCAGGUGCCUGUGAUCCUCCACCUCAUCUGGAUGUAUGGCACCUUCUUCUUCAUCCUCUUCUCUAACUUCUGGUACCAAGCCUAUGUGAAAGGCAAGAGGCUGCCCAAGAGUACCGAACAGCUGAGUCAGAAAGGCAAGACCAGUGCCGUUCUGUCCAACGGAACCACGACCAUUGCUAACGGAGCCUCGCUUAUGGCUAACGGCAAUGGCAUACAUCACGAGAACGGCAUGACCAACGGGAAGAAGCACUACGAGAACGGGAGUGCACACAACGGUAAGAUGAAGAAAGCUUAACGGCUGAGAGAAGAGCAUCCAAAACGUAUGACCACGAGUGCCUGCAUACAACGCCACGGAUUCCAAAGAGUGUUUUGGGACUCUUUUUUUUUUUUUUUUUUCUCCCCUCAGCCUGGUUUUGUUUAUUUUCCCCCCCUUUUUUUUUGUAGUUUUAAGGUGCACAAAUACAUGGGGAGAUGAAUGAGUCUGGGAUCCCUGUUUGUAUUUUUUGUUAUUAAUUUUAAUUGUUAAUCUAUAGAAAAUAAAUAAUGAGCACAAUAAUAUGAAGAGAAGAGAUGUAAUUUAAUGACUGGCUGUGUUCUUCACUGAUGGUGCUCACCUUCUCAUGAGUGAGUGCACUCCUCCCAUUCCUUACUCAGACUCCCAAGUGACCAAUGGCAAUGUACAUUUCUCUUAAGACAACCUGAGCUCCAGCUGUAAAUACUGUAGGUUUACUGUCAAAACUAAUGGGAUUGAUAGGGCUCUAAAUUUGUUACUUAAGCAUAUUGACUUGAAGAUAUCAAAAUAAAUUCCAUUUUAAAA